AUGAGAGCUGCCCAAUGUCCAGCAUUCCGGCUUCCAAAGAAUACAGGAAAGAGAUUGACAGGGUGGCUUGUACGCGCCAGAGUAAUGGCACUUUUGAACAAGGAGAGCAAGGUCGGAGAACGAUUGGAGCCAGUGGAUCUCCAUACCAGCAAUGCUGGUUUCAACAAAGGCAAUGGCGACAGCAGCAGCAAAGCACGGCAGUUCUUCUCCUCAUCUAAGCCAAUGAAGAAAGUACGGCAAUUCUUCUCCCCAUCUAAGGAAGACAGUCCAAACUUGGUGCAAAGUGGCCCAGCCAUCAAAAGAGGAAAUUUCAAUCAGAUCCCUACUGCAAAGGAUGUAGUUUUGGGCAUUUUCAGAGAUGUUGGAGCCUACUUUACCUUGUUGGCAUACUAA